AUGGACAUGGACUCCCGCCAGCAGCAGUCAGAACACUACAAGAUCUAUGUUAGGAUGACGAAAAUAGUGGCACUUGAUGUGAAGUCCACUGAUACCAUAGAUCAGAUCAAGUCUAAGAUCGGUGCUAUAGAGGGGAUUGACAAUAGCCAGCAAGCUCUCUUUUUUGCUGGAAAUCAUUUGGAGAAGGACAACAGACUUGCUGAUUACAACAUCAUGACAAACUCUUGUGUCGACCUUUAUGUAACUGAUGGGAUGCAGAUCUCUGUCAGUAUCCCCUCUGUUGGGAAGACCAUCAAGCUCAAUUUGACAAAAUCCCAGAGUGUUGCUGAUGUCAAGGCGGUGAUCGAACAGAAGGGUGGAAUUCCUCUGGAUGAACAAAUCCUGAUGUAUGGAUGCCAAAAGCUUGAGGACAACAAGUUGUUGAGUCAGUGUGGUUUGAGCAAUGGCCACACCCUGCAUGUUUUGGUCUGCCCCACUGACAAGCUGCGUAUCUCUGUGGAUGUUGAUGGUGAAAGAACUAUCAAUCUCGAUGUCAAAAGCUGGUAUACUGUUGCUGAUGUCAAGCUGCUGAUUCAGACUUUGGAGGGUUGGCUUGCACGGACACAGAUACUCAGCACUGAAGUUGGUGAUACUCAGCAUGUCAAAAACAACGACAUUCUCACAUUACAUAUGGAUCGAACUGUCCAGUUCUUCGUCAGGACAUUGGAAGGGGAGACCUUAACUAUGAUGCUGAACUUGUCUGACACGACAAAGGAUGUCAUGAAGAAAAUUGAAGAAAGGCUGCCGAUUAAGCCUGGUAUCUACUCUUUACGUUACAGGGGGCGUGCUCUGUCUCUUGAGGAUCCUCUUCUGAAGUAUAAGGUCGAGAGCGAUACCACUAUCCACGUCCGCCUCAUUGGAGAUGUGAAAGGAAAGCAAAAAUUUCAAUUUCCUUUGGGCCACGAAAAAAAAGAAUCACGUACUAGCUUGAUACCACCAUUUAGUGCGUCGACAAGUUUAGUCCUGAACUAG